AGCAUUGUUCGGAGUCAGUUGCUUUCCAUUUGUAGUGGCCCAUCACUCGGGUGUGCAAAUUAUAGUGUAAAUUAUAGUAACAAAGAGUGUGUCGCGCACAAUGACAGAAAUAAAGUCUACUAUUAGAGAGCAGAACGCCGCUCAGCAGCAGGGUACUAAUGAUACGGGCCUUAGUAGCAGUCCACAUCAGAACAAUUCAUCGAUUAAUGCAAACCCGAGAAAACAGCUUAGGAAACAAACAAGUGCCCUAGAUAACAUAGCUUUUCAUCUUGGAAUAAAAAAGGUGGAUAGUGAAUAUGUCGACGAUCGGAACCUUUUUGUAACACUUCUACUUCUUGGUGUAUUAGUGAUACUUUUUAUUGCCAGCGUGACUGGUUUUUUUGUUAUGUGGUUUACAGAUAUAUACGACAACUCACUGUUGGAGAACCUUAAGUUAAGUUACAACUCAACAGCAGCUGAAUGGUGGGAAAAACCGCCUGUCAAUCCUCUACUGAAGGUACACAUAUUCAAUUACACCAACAUGGAGGAUUUUUUUAACGGGAAGACAGAUAAACUUAAAGUUGAAGAUUUGGGUCCCUAUGUGUACCAUGAAACUGCGGAAAAAGUGAACGUAACCUACCAUGGCGAUGGUACAAUAUCAUACAAAGAACUUCGGUCAUAUCAAUUUCUGGCGAAUCAAUCAACUGGGAUGCAGUACGACAAAGUUGUGGUGCCCAAUAUACCAAUGAUAACGGCAAUUUCGCAAAGUGCUGAAGCAUCUUUAAUCAAAAAAAUGGUUUUGAAUACCGCUCUAUCUGGUGUCGAGGCAAGGGCCUUUAAGAUCUUACCUGUUGAUUCAUUUCUCUGGGGGUAUGAAGAUGAACUAUUAAAUUUAGCCCAAAAAUUCUCAUUCGACAGUGAAAUAUCAUUUUCGAAAUUCGGUAUACUAAUGACGCGUAAUGGCACGAGUUCCGAAACAUUUAGAAUAUACUCUGGAGAAACAGACUUGAAGCAGCUUGCAAUUAUUAAAGAUUUAAAUGGAAAGUCAUCAAUGAAUUUAUGGACGACUGAUGAAUGCAACCGUGUGGACGGAACUGAUGGAUCACAAUUUCCUCCCCAUCUAAUGGAUAAACGACAAACUUUAUAUGUUUUUAUUAAGUCAUUGUGCCGUAAAUUUCCACUUCGAUAUGAGAAAGAAGUUACUUUAUUCGAUGGAAUUCCUGCGUGGCGUUACAAUGCACCCACAGAUGUCUUUGCUCAUCCCAGUAUUAAUGCAGACAAUCAGUGCUUUUGCCAUUUGGGUUCUGCGUCAUGUCCGCCAAGUGGUCUCCUCAAUGCUACCUUGUGUUCUUAUGGAGCUCCUAUAUACGCAUCGUUUCCUCAUUUUUAUACCGGUGAUAGGAAGCUUCUUGAAACAGUAGAUGGCUUAGAUCCUCAACGAGAGAAACAUGAAACAUUUGCUGAUAUUCAUCCAAGAUUGGCCUUUCCUAUAGAUGGAGCUUCCAGGUUUCAAAUCAAUAUUCAAGUGAGGAAAGCUUCGUAUAUAUCAGGUUUAGAGCCAUUUGAUGACGAUCAAAUACUGCCUGUCAUUUGGUUGGAAGUGGUACCCGGACAUAUAUCUGAAGAAUUGCGGAACAUGAUCUAUCACAGUACAUUUAGUGCAAAUGCGAUACAGUUUUCGUUCAAAUAUGGAUCGUUGCUCAUCUGUGUGACCACAUUUGCCCUUCUAGCGAUGACCUGCUACUUCCGAACGAAAAAUCCCGACGGUAUAGAUGUCAAUAAGCCAGAAGAUCAACCUAUCGUGAAACUCAAUUCAAUGAACGAAAUACGAUCUUAGCAAUCAUGACAAUAGUUCCAUCUCGUUGUUCUGCAUGUACAUAAACCAAUGUAAUAGUUAGACUAUCGCUUUAUUGACAAUGUAGAAUCUUUUAAUUAUGGAUUAAUUGAUUAUAAUAAAUUAAUUCAUGAAAAUCAUGUGCAAUUUUCACUUAUUUGUGUUGUUCAGAUGAGAUGCCAGCUAUUAGAAAUAGUAAAACAACACAACGUAUAAAUUGAAAUAUAGUACAAUUAAAAUAAAUAUUUUUUUUCCAUA